AUGGAGGGAGAAUUAGAGAGUACUAAAAUGCCAUUGUUGGAGGGAUGGAAGCUUACAGGAAGUGGACUCCGGCAUGAUUUUUUGUUAAGGCUUCCAGAUAAGGUGAUCAAGUCUUGUGAUAUUGAUUCAGAAGCUUCAUCCCUCAUUAAUUAUAAUAUCUCUGAAUUAACCAAAGGAGAAAAGGAAUACUAUGAAAGACAGUUUGAGACAUUGAAGUCAUUCGAGGAAGUUGAUAUUGCAGUCGCGUCUGAUGAAAUUGAUGAAGAGGAUCUUGAAGAAGAAGCUCAACAUGAGAGAGCAAUGACAGUAUCCAAUUGUGCAAAUGUUAUACUUCUGGCUCUUAAGAUCUAUGCCACAGUGAAGAGUGGCUCCUUAGCUAUCGCUGCAUCUACGUUGGAUUCAUUGCUUGACCUCAUGGCUGGUGGCAUACUAUGGUUCACUCAUCUGUCGAUGAAAAAUAUUAAUGUCUAUAAAUAUCCUAUAGGAAAAUUGAGAGUGCAGCCCGUUGGAAUAAUUGUGUUUGCUGCUAUUAUGGCUACACUUGGCUUUCAGGUGUUGAUCCAGGCUCUGGAACAACUAGUUGAAAAUAAACCUCCUGAAAAGAUGGCUUUGAAUCAGCUUGCAUGGUUAUAUUCAGUAAUGUUGACUGCCACAGUGGUAAAACUUGCCCUGUGGCUUUACUGCAGAAGCUCAGGAAACGACAUUGUUCGUGCAUAUGCAAAGGAUCACUAUUUCGACGUGGUUACUAAUGUAGUGGGAUUGAUAGCAGCUGUACUUGGUGAUAAGUUGUACUGGUGGAUUGAUCCUGUUGGUGCUCUCAUCCUUGCUAUUUACACAAUCACAAAUUGGUCAGGCGCUGUGAUAGAGAAUGCAGUGUCACUAGUGGGACAGUCAGCCCCUGCUGAAGUUCUGCAGAAGUUAACGUAUCUUGUUAUGAGACACCCUCAAGUGAAGCGUGUUGAUACAGUUCGAGCAUAUACCUUUGGUGUUUUGUACUUUGUUGAGGUUGAUAUUGAACUCCCGGAAGAUUUGCCAUUGAAAGAAGCACAUGUUAUCGGAGAGGGUCUACAAAUAAAGCUGGAGAAACUUCCUCAAGUCGAACGUGCAUUUGUUCAUAUUGAUUUUGAAUGUGAACACAAACCAGAGCACUCUGUCCCCAGCAGGAUUCCCAACAGUGAACCUUAAAGUGUGUUUUCCUUCAUACCAGAGAGAUUACUUUGAUUGGGACCUCAACAAGUAACAAAUACUUGUUGAAUAAUUUUGUGUAUCAAACAUUUCUCCUACAAGGGGAGCCAACGGUAGUUUGAGCAAUGAAAUCUAUCAUCAUUUUGAUUUUAUUUUAAA